AAUCAUAGUAAAAUCAACCGAUUUAAGCUUCACUUCAUUCAGUGCAGUGCGUUUUAGUUCAUUUAUUUUAAAUAAUUGUAAAAGUUUAUUAAAAAAAAUCCUUAGAAAUGUUAAUGAAGGUCAUUCUUGUGUGUUUAAUGUCGCUUGCUGUGGGUGUCAAUUCAGGUGCAAUUGGAAUCGCCCCUGCUGCUGUAAUAUCAGCACGAACAGAGCUAGCCGAAGAAGAAUUCGACAGUCAUCCCGAAUAUAGCUUCUCAUAUUCUGUCGAUGAUGCUUUAACUGGGGACAACAAGCAACAGCAUGAAACACGAUCCGGAGACUCAGUCGUUGGUCAAUAUUCAUUCAUCGAAUCUGAUGGAACGAGACGGACGGUCGAUUAUACUGCUGAUGAUGUGAAUGGAUUUAAUGCUGUUGUAACAAAAACAGCUGCGGAAGUUCCUGUGACAAAAGUAAUUGCAUCACCUCCCCCAACUAAAUUGAUUGCAGCUCCAAUUUAUGCUGCUCCUGAGCCCGUUAUCGCUUCAGCAAGAGUUUAUACAGCACCUGCGCCACAACCAUAUAAGAUUAUUCAAGGAAGAACUUAUACUCCAGUGGUUUCACACGCUCCUGUAGUUUCUGCAACUUAUAGUGCUCCCAUAUAUUCCCAUGAGUCAUAUUAUCAUACCCCAACCGUCUUCUCACAUAGCCCAUUGACAUAUCACGCACCAGCCACCGCAAUCAUUCACCAUUAAAUCAUGCUUAAAUUACAAUGAAUCAUUUUCAAAUCCACUUUACUUCUUCUUUUACUUAAAGUAUCGUCAUCAUCAUCAUCAUCUGUCAAAUACUGAUCCCACCCAAUUAAGAUUCUCACGUUUCCAACAUAUUUGAAGUUAAAUUAAUUGGGAUUUGUCGACGGUGUUAAUGAAUCUUUAUGUUCUUAUCUCGUUAAAAAUGAUUUUGUAUAUUUUCCAACAUAAAUUAUCCAAAACGACAAGACGAAAAAUAAAACAUUUAAGAAAAGAAAUCUAAAUGUAAUUUAAUACAGAAGCUUUAUUCAAUUGGAUCUUGUUAAGAACACAAGUAGAUAGUCGUUGAGGUAA